UGUUCGGAACAGCAAAGAUGAAAUCCCUCCUAUUCGAGACUGAACUGAAACAUUCAUUCAUAUUUUCCAUGGCGUUGUUUUGUGAUUCAAUGUUGAAUCUCUUUGAAUAGUGUGUCCAAUUGAGCACAAUCCUACUAUCUGAAAUUUGGUAAGUCAAUCUCUCUUCACUCUUACUUCUAUUACUCAUUACUCAUUUACAAAUGCACCAUUUUCUGAUUACUAGAUUCAUUCAUAGAACCCUAAAUUCCAGUGUUAUUUCCCAACAUGCUUUUUCUCUAUUCUUCAACUAUCGUUAUUUCUCUGUUGAGUCUGUUCCCAAUACAAAUAACCAUAAAGGUGACACCUUUACGUUAUCAACCCUCGUAAAUUCAUGUGGGUUAUCCCCAGAAACAGCCCUUAAACUCUCCAAAAGGUUGCAAAUCAAAAACCCUAAUUCCCCAAAUGAUGUUACUCAACUUCUCAAAACCUAUGGCUUCUCUGAUUCACAGUUAUGUAGUUAUGUCAAAAAACACCCUUUGGUUCUUUUAUCAGAUCCUAAAAAGACCCUUUUGCCCAAACUCAAGUUUUUUCAUUCCAUUGGGGUUUCUACCACUGAUCUCCCCAAAAUCCUCAUUGGGAACACUUCCUUUUUGUCAAAAAGCUUGGAGAAAACCCUUAUCCCUCGUUAUGAAAUCAUUCGAAGCCUAGUUCGGAAUGAUGAAGAGGUAGUUUCAACUUUGAAGCAUGGUUCAUGGAACCUUCAUUGUGUUUGGGUUGUAAAUGAUGCAGUUCAAAACAUUGAGGUUUUGAAGCAACUUGGUGUUCCUCAAGGUUCCAUUUCCCUUUUGGUAUCUAAUUUUCCAAGUGUAGCAUUCGCCAAGCAUAGCAAAUUUGUUGAGGCUGUUAAUUCAGUGAAGGAAAUGGGGUUUGAUCCUUUGAAGUCGAAAUUUGUUUUGGCAGUUCAAGUCAUUGCAAAGAUGGACAAAGAAACUUGGGAAUCAAGAUUUAAGAUUUUCGAGAAGUUUGGCUGCUCGAGAGAUAUAUGUCUUUCGGCUUUCCAGAAAGAACCUCAGUAUAUGAUGAUUUCAGAAAAGAAGCUUAUGAAAACACUGAACUUCUUGGUGAAAGAUGUGGGCUUUAAACCAGAAGACAUUAUGAGAAGGCCUGGGAUUCUGAACCGAAACUUGGAGAAGACAAUUAUACCUAGAUGGGCUGUUCUUCAAAUUUUGAAGUCAAAGGGUUUGAUAAAGAGUGGCUUUUUCAUUGGUAGUGCUAUUGCGAUUAGUGAGAAAACAUUUUUGGAUAAAUAUGUAACCCGAUUUCAAAAAGACGCCCCUCUGUUGUUGGAUGCAUAUAAAGGUCACAAGUUAGAUUGAUCAUCUGGCUUUUUCUUACAAUUUAUGAUAACUGGCAUCAGGGUGACGAUGAAUAGUUUUUUGUGUAAUGUGUGGCUCUGAAAUGUGUGAUGGAACUGGUACGAGAGAUAGAAGUUAGUAAAUUUGGUUAGUAAUAAUAUAUAAGAAUGUGAUGGUGUUGAAGGUGGCGAAGGAUUGCAUUUGAUCCUAGUGUAAUUUAAUGGUUCAGUUUUAUUUUGAUUUAUAUUUUGGGGCUGAUGUUAAGGCCAUGUAUGAUGUAUGUACUGAUAAGUAUUUUGAUUGGUAUUUGGUUCAAAUAAAAUUCUUUUU